AUGACGAGUGCUCGGGUCUGUUGAUCAGCGAUAUGGACCGCCUGUAUCGCAUCAUCACUGAGGUCACUCUGACCACGCCCCUCCCGCCACCUUACAAGAUGCUGUACCGCUUCGAGAACAUGACGGAGGAGCUCAAGCACAUGCUGUCGCCUCAGAAAGCUCCGGAGAGAUUACUGCAACUGGCCGACUCCAACCUGGGAUCACUGGUUGUUGAGAUGGACCAGCUGCACAGCAGGGCCACUAAGGUGUCUGCUGAUGGAGAGCAGGUAGAGGAUGACGCUGACAGGAUUCAUAAACGAGCUGAAGACCUGGAGCAGUUCAUCAGGGACACGCUGCUGGGAGCUAAAGACCUGCAGUUGAAGGCCGCCGAGCUGAACCAGACUCUCUCACGCAGAGAUGGAACUCCUGACAAAAGCCUGAAGGAGAUGAAGGAGGAGAUCCAGGCCAUGUUAGCCGAGAUGAGAAAACGACAGCUGGGAGGGAAAAAGACCAUCGCAGAGGAGGAGAUGGACCUUGCAGAGGAGUUGUAUCAGAAAGUCAAGAGAAUGUUUGGCGACCCCCAUCAGGCCACAGAAGACCUGAAAGCCGAGAUAAAAGCGAAGCUCUCAGACCACGAGGGGAAGCUGCAGGAAGCUGAGGACCUGCUCCGCACCGCCCAGGGGAAGACGAGACAGGCCGGCUCUCUGGCUGAACAGAACCUAGCUAACCUCACAGCACUCGAGAGGAAGCGCUCAGCAGUCACUGCAGUGAAACAGGAGGCGCAGGAGAUCCUCGGACAAGGAGAGCGUCUACUGGAUGAAGCGAACCAGCUUUCUGACAACAUCAACAGAGAGAUAGAGGACUUGGAGGAGAUGGAGCGAGACCUGGGUCCUCUCCACAAUCGGCUCGGCGAUGAAGUCGAUCGUCUCACCGGUGGUUUGACUGACAGCCUGGCUCACCACGUGCACGAGGCAGAGGAACACGCCAAGCAGCUGAAUGAAUCUGCUGCCAUUUUGGACAGUAUUUUGGCCGACGCCAAAAAUCUCUCUUUCAACGCGACAGCUGCCUUCAAGGCCUACAGCAACAUAAAAGCAAAUGUGGAUGCAGCAGAGAAAGAGGCGAAGGCGGCCAGACAGAGGGCGAGUGAGGCUCUGGCACUGGCUUUAGGUCCAGAGGUCCCAAUGAAGGAAGCAGCUCAAGGAGCCCUUCAGAAGAGUGAGAGACUGUUAAACCAAGCUAAACAACUGCAGAAUGAUGUCACAGAGAAUGCAGAUAGUGUCUCCGGGCUGAAGGACAGAGUCAAAGCAGCAAGAGACAAAACAAAAGACCUGCUCAGAGCUGUCAAUGGAACCAUGGAAACGCUCAACGCUAUACCAAACGACACAGCAGCUAAGCUAGCGGCCACAAAGGCUGUAGCAGCUGAUGCUAAUGCCACAGCCAUAGAUGUCCUUGAGCGCCUCGGGGAUUUGAACCUGCGGAUCCAUGGCCUGCAGGGGAACUACAGCGAGCUGGAGGACACUGUGAAUGCAGCCAAUCAGAUGAUCCAGGACCCCGAGAAAAACACCAUCAUCCAUGCUGCAGGAGCUAAAGUGAAGGAUCUGGAGGACGAGGCUGAUAGGCUGUUGGAGAAGCUGCAGCCAAUCAAACAGCUGCAGGACAACUUGAAGCGAAACAUCUCACAAAUCAAGGAGCUGAUCAACCAGGCCAGGAAGCAGGCUAACUCAAUCAAAGUGUCGGUGUCGUCAGGCGGCGACUGUCUCCGUAGUUACCGUCCUGAAAUCAGGAAAGGGAGGUACAACACCAUCAUCCUUCACGUUAAAACCACCACUCCUGACAACCUGCUCUUCUACCUGGGAUCAGCCAAAUAUGUUGAUUUCUUGGCCUUGGAGAUGCGUAAGGGGAAGGUGAAUUUCCUUUGGGACGUGGGUUCAGGUGUGGGGAGGGUUGAAUAUCCCCAUCACACCAUCCAUGAUGGGAACUGGCACAGAAUAGAGGCGUCUCGUAAUGGCUUGAAUGGUACCAUAUCAGUGUUCCCUCUGGAAGGCUCCAUGGCUGGUAUGAUGCCCACGCCGGCAAGUGCCAACUCGCCUACAGCCUACACCAUCUUGGACGUGGACCAGAACGCCUACCUGUUUGUGGGAGGAAUACUCGGCACCGUCAAGAGAGCAGAUGCAGUGAGAACGUCAACAUUCACAGGCUGCAUGGGGGAGACCUUCCUGGAUGGUAAACCCAUCGGACUGUGGAACUACAGAGACAGACAGGGAGACUGUAAAGGAUGUGCUGUCAGCCCCCAGCGCUCUGAUGGGGAGGGUAUAGUGCAGCUGGAUGGUGAGGGCUACGCCGCGGUGGGACGACCCACCAGGUGGAACCCCAACGUUUCCUCCGUCACCUUCAAGUUUCGCACUUUCUCCUCUGAAGCUCUGCUCAUGUAUCUGGCUACGGAAGAUAUGAAGGACUUCAUGUCCCUGGAGCUCUCAGAGGGCAAAGUGAAGGUGAACUUUGACCUGGGCUCAGGGGUCGGCAGUGCCGUAUCAGCCAGCCGCCACAAUGACGGAAGCUGGAAAUCCCUCACCAUGUCCAGGAACAAGAAACAAGCCACGGUGACUGUGGUGGACAUCAACAGCAGCGCUGAGGAGAAGAUAGUGGCCACAUCUCCGGGUUCAGCUACUGGUUUGAACUUAAAGGAACAUCAGAAAAUUUAUUUUGGAGGUCUGCCGACGAUUGGAAACUACAGCAUGACAGCCAGGUCCGAGAUCACUCUGAAGCGUUACGCAGGCUGUCUCCGGGAGAUUGAAGUCUCCAGAACUCCUUAUAAUCUCCUCAGCAGCUCAGAUUAUACCGGAGUCACUAAAGGAUGUAAUGUAGAGAAGAAGCCUCUUUAUAUAGAGAGAGGCUCAAAGCUGCUGCAGCUUCAGAAACCAGAUUUAACAGCUUGA